AUGAUUCAAUAUAUAGAACAUUUCCAUAAGGUUAUAGAUUUUUUAAAUCUAUAUGAACAACUCAUUGAUUGUCAUUUAGUUGACUUUAUUAAUGAAAAAUUAUGGGACAAAUGUUUACCAGAAUUAUUAAAAUUAGAACUUGAGAAUGUUAAAACAAUCAAUGAUAUUUGGAAGGAAAAUGAAACGGUUACUCGAUUAAACGAAUUUAUAAAAGUUACAAAGUUAUUGUCUUUGCAAGCAUGCCCAAUGAUAUUGGAUUUUAAAGAUAUUCCACAAUUUUUAAGUCUAGAUAAUGACAAAUGGAAAUUUAAUGAAAUAAAAAAUGAAGAUAAAGGAUUUAUGAGUAAAAAAAAGCUUCACGAGGUGGAAGCUCUUGGCCAUGUUGUUGGACAUAUAGCAAAUUCAACUAGAAGUUUAGUAAUAGAUGCUGGUGCUGGAAAAGCUUAUUUAUCAACGUAUUUAGCAGAAAAUUAUAGACUACCUGUACUUGCAAUUGAUUCAUCAGACUUAUGUCAUAAAGGAGCCAUUUAUAGAGCAGAAAAAAUGAAAAAAAUGGGAAAACAAACUUCAUCUUUGGUUAAAUAUGUAGUUACUAAAAUUGACGAUAACACAGAUUACAAUACAAUGGUAAACAUACAUUUUCCAAAUUGGAAUUUAAAAAGUAACUUGAUUCUAACUGGAUUACAUACAUGUGGAUCUUUAGCACAUUCUCUUAUGAAAGUCUUUCUACAGAAUGAUAACUUUAAAGUAAUUUGUGUUGUAUCAUGUUGUUAUCAUUUAGUAAACGAAUCAUUUACCAAAAGGAUUAACUUUUCGAGAAAUGCCAGAAUGUUGGCACAACAAUGUAUAGAACGAACAAAAGAAGCCAAAUCAUUGUCACCAUCAUUAUUCUACAGAGCAUUGUUACAAGUACUUUUACAUUCUAUGGGUUUAUAUGACGUAAGAAUAGGACGUGGGGGACCAUUGUGUGAUUUUCCAACUUAUGCAAAAUGGGCAUUAUUAAAAAUUGGAAUAGAUGCCAAAAAAAUACCAUCGACUGAAAUUUUAGAAGAAUUGUACCAGUCUCAUAUACAUUUUAAAUUAAAAUUGGAUCUUUUCCAAAUAUUACGUAUAUACAUAAGUCCGGUAUUAGAGGCAGCAAUUAUAUUAGACAGAGUAAUAUAUUUACAGAACAGUAAGCAAUGUUCGAAAACUGUUAUUCUACGCUUGUUUAAUCCUGUUUUAUCACCAAGACAAUAUGCCAUUGUUGCUAUAAAAUAAAUUUCUUUUAGAAACUAUCUUUGUAAAAUAAAAAUUAAACAAAUUGGUAGACAGCAAUAUAUAAAAGAAAUACUAUGGUUAUAUAAACGAGCAUUACUUUAUCAAAAAAUACAUAAUAUGUGAAAUUAA